AUGAGUCCCGUCGGCGGACCAGGAGGGAGCGGACGACAGCCGGUCGCGCCAGGCGGCGUCAACGGCGACGGCAGCGGCAGCCGAGCGCAUUCACGGACAGCCAGCAGCAGCGGACUCGCGAGAGCACACGGCACGACGCAGUCGGCGCGAGAGAGGCUGGGUCUGUCACGACCCACGCAGCAACGCACCACGCCUCAACAGCAACAGCGCGCCCCACAACAUCAACAACACCAACAACGUCAACAACACCAACAAAACACACCCUCACGGCCCUCGUCCAGACACAGCGCCAUUCCCGACACCCAGUCGGUCGGCGCCCCGACCUCGUCGUACCGGGCCACCUCGCACGAGAGCAGCAAGGAAAACAUGGCGCCGCCCGAUGCCGAAGAGUACGAGCUGCAGCGGCGGCGCAUCGAAGAGCUCAAGGCCGAGGUGGGCACGCUGCAGUACCAAGUCAACACGUUUGAGCAGGAAAAGGAAAUGGCGCGGCUGCAGCACGACACGGAGCUGAGGGACGCGCGGCGCAAGGCCGAGGACGACUUCAAGCAGCGGCAGGCGGCCGAGGCCGAGCGCGGCGCGGCCGACCGCAAGAUGGCCGCGCUGCACGAGGAGCUGGAGGCGGCGCGCGGCGACCAGGACGCGCGGCAGCGGGACCUCGAGCAGAAGGUGCGGGCGGCGCAGGACGAGGCGCGGGCCCUGCAGGAGCAGCUCGACGACCUGAGCGCGGCCAAGGAAGACGCGGCGCGCAUGGGCGAGCGGCGGGCCGAGGCCGCGGCCCGCGACGCGGCCCUGCAGCAGGCCCAGCAGCAGCUGGUCGCGCGCGAUGCCCAGACGGGCCAGCUCGAGGCCGAGGUGCUGCGGCUCAAAGCCCAGACGGGCGACGCAGCGACCAUGGAGAUCAUCCGGCGUGAGCUCAAGGACCAGGUCAACCACAUCCGCGCCCUCGAGGCCACCAACCGCGACCAGCUGACCGAGCUGCGGCACUUGCGGCAGGCGCACAAGGCGGUCGAGAUCGUCGAGGAGGAGAAGCGGUCGCUGCUGCGGAAGCUGGAGAGCGCGCGCGCCCUCGAGCAGGAGCUCCACGAAGAGCGCAUGCAGCGGCAGCGGCUCGAGACCGAACGGCGGGCCUGGGCGGCGUACCUGCAGACGGAAACCGAACACAGCAUGGACGGCGCGUCGUCGAGCGAGUUUGACUCGCCCGAGGCCGUGGCCAAGGCGUUGAUGGAGGCGCGGUACCGCACGGCCGAGCUGACGGAGAAGAUUGGCGCGCUGGAGCCCGAGUUGGCCCAGCGGGAUGCCGACAUCCGCGCACUGGAGAUGCAGAAGAAGGAGCUGGCUGCCGAGGUGGAGCGCCUCAAGGCAGCGCGUGCGUCUUCUGGAGGCGACGGCACACCCUCGCUUGGCACGCCCACAAUUGCGCCUGCCAGCACCAACGCCAACGAAACCAAGCUUCGGGCCCGUCUCGAGCGCCAGCGCGCCCUUGCCGUCAAGGAAGUCGAGUACCUGCGCGCCCAGCUCAAGGCGUUCGACGCAGAGGACAUGACCUUCCACCCAGGCCAAUUUGACCAGCAAAAGGCCGACCGCAUCCAGCAGCUGGAGGAGCUCGUCGACAAGUACCGCGCCGAGGCCGAGGGCCUGCACAGGGACCUUGCGUCGCUCGAGGCGUCUGGUGGGCCUGCUGCGGCCGCUGCCCAGAUCGCCGGCACCAAGCGGUCGUGGCCCGACGGCGGCAGCGGCAGUGGUGCGAACGGCACGGCGGGCAGCGACGAAGACGCCCAGGUCGGCCAGCUGGUGCGCAAGACGCGCAAGCUGCAGGACGAGCUGUCCGCGGCCCAGACGGCGCACCGCGUGCUCGAGACGGAGCUGGCCGUCACCCGAGAGCAGCUCGCGGCCGAGAAGCAGGCGGCCGGGGUGCGCGUGCUCGCGCUGCGGUCCAACCCGACGUCCGACUUUGAGGCCGUCAAGCGGUCCACGCUCGCGGCCCUGAAACAGGAGAACGCCGAGCUGCUCACCCACAUCCAGAGCCACAGCCAUGCCGCUGGCGCGGCUGCUCAGAAAGCGCACAAGAGCGGUGCACGGGCGCCCCUGUCGGCCCUCCCUCCACCGUCGACGACAGCGCCCCCGUUUACGACCGUCCCCAUGUCGGUGCUCGCCGCCGCCCAGCGCGAGAUCGCCGACGCGCAGGCCGAGACGGCGUCCGCGCAAAAGGCCAGCCGCCGGCUCAAGGAGGUCUGGGCGGCCAAGUCGGCCGAGUUCAAGGAGGCCGUCGAGAGCACCCUGGGCUGGCACGUCACCUUCAUUCCCAACGGCAAGAUGCGCGUCGAGAGCGUGUACUACCCGAGCCUCAGUGCCGACGAGAACGAAAACAGCAUCGUCUUUGACGGCGAGCGGGGCACCAUGAAGGUCGGCGGCGGCCCGCGGAGCGCGUUUGCACAGCGGAUCGACGACCAGAUCCGGUUCUGGGUGCGGGAGAAGGGCUGCAUCCCCGGGUUCUUGGCGGCCCUGACGCUCGAGUUUUGCGAAGAGCAGACGCGGACGUCGACCGUGACGACGGGACGAUAG